AUUUGACUUACGCACACAUUACUCUUUCUCUCUCUUAAGUACGUACCAGAUCUCUCUCUCUCUCUCUCCAGGGUUGACUUUGUUAGAUCAGUUAGAUCUCUUGUUGAGAUCUGUCUGAUCUAUCUUUGUGAGUAGCAGAUCAUUGUGUUGAUGAUCUGCAUGUGAGAUUGUGUGAGAGUUUAUCAUCUGUUCGUUGUUUCUUUGACAAUUCCUACAUCCAACUUCAGUUUAUCUCCAUCACAUCAAAUCAUAAGUUUCUUUCCAAGGAGUCAUGGCUUAUAACUCAACACAUGAGUAUCUUAAUAUUGUGGAUAGACUCACUGAUGUCUACAAUAUUCCUAACAAUAUUACAGAUUCAUUGUUGGGAUACCUAAAGUUUGUAUACCGAUCAGAACUCGAAGACCGUUUAAGCGCACCUAUGUUAUGGAUUGGGAUGUACAUCGCGUUAGCGUCUCUAGUUUGCAUCCUUUUCAUGGUAGCUGAUUUAUUACAUGGUUUACGUAGCAGAAUGCUAUGGUUUCCGUCUAAAUAUUUCACAAUUAAUUCUGCUUCUCUUACGGUAAUAUCUGUUGCAAUGAAGUUACCUGUGGAUCUAAGUGGUUCCAUGCCGGGUUAUGUGGACCAAGUGGCAAAGCUCGGAAGCAUGGCCUUUAUGUGUACCAUGAUGGCUAAUUUACUGCCUUGUUUAGGAACCAUGGAGAGCAAUGAGCUUUUGUCAAACAUCACAGCUUUGGGGAUUCUUGUAAUCACGUUGGUCGUGAAUGUUUGCAUUCAAAUGCAAACGGGAGCUGUAUCCAUAUCAACCCAUAAAGAAGACCCCCGUAUCAUACAACUUACUUCACCUACACAUAUAAGUACCCAUCCUAAUCCUGUAUUACCCUUUAUUUAUGUGGUUUUGUUAGUUUUCUUGUUGAUAGUAUAUAUAUGUUCAUCUUUGGCGAUUCUAAAAUCCAAACAGAUUUUGGACUCAGAUUACCGAUAUGGUCUUGAGAAAGCUUCACAACACAUGCAACCAUCACCAGGAGAAAUAUUAACAGUUGAGAAGCUACAAAACCAUGUGAGAAACCAUUGGAUGAUGGUAGAAAGUGGCAGCUGCCUCCAUUUCAUAACAGCUUGCUUUCAUCCAACAUCUGCUUCUGGGGUAAUAUGUCUAUUAGUCACCAUCUUACACACUUAUACUAUGUCCGGGACUAUUAAAGCCAUGUUGGCUAAGGACUAUGGUUCGGAUUAUGGCUGGUCCAUGCUAGUAAUUCUCAUAGUACAAUCUAUCGGAGUCCUGAUUGGUACAAUUGUACCACUUUCUAGAUGUUUUGCAACCUUAGAAUUUAAAACGUCCUUUUCAAUCCACUUUAAGGUCUUUAAAGUAGAACCUCAUUGGACUCAUAAGUUAAAUGAUUGGAAACGAGCUAGUAUAAGACUCCCAUUUCAUAGCCGCACUUCCAAAAGGCUAAUUCUCUGCAUAUGUAUACAACUUCAGGAGGGAGUUGUGGUGUUGUGCAAGAUAAUAGCCUUGAUUCCGUUAGUGUUUGUGAUAUGCGUCUCUUAUUGUUUCGAUUAUCUGAAGUCCAUGUUUAAUUCAUUGAGAGAAGAUGAGAGGUUUCACCAAGAUGUAAUCAUAGAUAUUAACCCAUAUAUUUUGUAUUUUGAAAAUGGGAUGUGGGUUGGUAAGAGAACAUUGGAAGGCUUUUCAAAAUCAGUGAACCCAUUGAUACAAAAGGGUGCAAAAGGCCAACCUAAUUAUCUAAUAAAGCUCAUUCGAGAAAACUCUACGGUUGGUUUUCAUGGAGUUGCAGUAUUUGACCAGACUAAUGAUGAUGAUGAUGAUUGUUGGAGUUUAAAUGUGGUAACCCUUACAACGAUUGCGGUUUCUCUACCUGAAAUCGAAAAGGAGAAAGUUGAUUGUUUGUUGGAAUGUGUUAGGGAAGGUCUAGUAUAUGUCACAUUGGUGGAAAAAAGCCUGGAUGUUAUUUAUGAUCACGUAAUUCGUCAACAUGCAGCUGGAACUUUGUGGAAAGAAAUUAGAUUCACCAAAAAAUGGUUAGGAAACGAGUUGCAAAACCCUGCUUCUCAAAACGAUCCACCUGGACAGAUUGUUAAAUGGUUCAGGGAGAAGGCUAAAAAUCACUUGGAGUUCUGCUGGAAUGAUGAUGCAGACGGUGAUGAUGCGACGCACAGGCGUAUUUGUUUCAACUCGAUGGACCGUAUAACCGAAACAAUUAUACGUAGGUACGGCACCAACAUUGAUGAUGGCACCGUGAGCCAUAAGGAACUAUUUGAUAGCUUAUCAUCAAUGAUCGUCGACAUAAUUGCAGCUUGUCUCACCAACUUACCACAAAUCAUAAUAAUGAAAUGUCACUACAUGUCUGGGAGAAAGGAAAGGCGGGCCAGUGUCAAAGAUGCGGCCCAGUUUUUAGGUGAGACUACAGAAAUAAUCAGACUCCUUCAAGAUCAUGAUAUUCCAAACAUGAAACCAAGUGACAUGCCAUAUCUCAACAAAUGGCGUGCUUAUUUCAGGAAUCCCUGAUCAAGAAAAACUUCUUUGUUCUUCAAGUGAUGAUUCUGUAACGCUAAUGUGAUUUUCAUGGGCAUGCAUCUUUACUACUCGAAGUCUCAAAGUCAUCCAGGAUGGUCAACUAUGUUCCUUCAAGAAGUUGAUUUGCACAAUUAGCACCCACAGAGUAUGGUGACCAAGUCCUUAGUUCUCAUAUUAGUUUGUACUCUUCCUAGUUUACUAGAUUGUAAAUUGUUGAUGGUUACAAGUGGUCGAUUAGUAUCUGGUUUUCAGUGUGGCUUGAGGAAUGCUUGGAUGCAUUUUCUUUAAGGAUUUGUUGUCUUGGUAUACCACCGUUGGUUUGAUUAUACUCUCUGUUGGUGUUUAUCUUGUCAUGUUAACAAGUUACUACCGGUUUCACU